ACGUCACACUUUCCGUCAUCGUUGUCAAAUGGUCAAUCCCCAGUUACUACAACUACAAACUCCCCAAAACCUCCAACCCUUCCAACAAGGGUUCUUCUUGAACAUCAAUCAUUCGGUUUUUUGUUUUGCAUAGUUUUGCAAGAUUCUUGCUUUCGCGGUCACUAUUUAUUUCCAACCACUACCAUUUACCUUCACAGUCAGUCAGUCACGCUAUCAGUUCUCUCAAAAAGGAACAAACUACUGCUUUUUUUAAGCUACAAACUUAAUUUGCGUCCUUUUUAGUUUUAAUUAACAAAAUACAUUCCAUUUUAUUGUACAAAAUAAUAAAUUAAUUAGUUUUUAUCACAAACUAACACUCAAGUAGAAAAAGAUACCAUCAAAAAAUCUUUCCGUCCGAUAAGAAAGAACUUUUUAUUAAUGAAAUCUGAUUAAAGCACUAACUGAAGUACAAAACCCAUCAGCAACAUGACCGAUCAGAACGCACCUGCACCCCGUCUGGGACGUUGGUAUUUUGGUGGUGUAGCCAGCGCUGGCGCUGCCUGCUGCACCCAUCCCUUGGAUUUGAUUAAAGUAAAUUUACAAACUCAACAAGGGAAAUUGUCCGUCGUUCCUCUAACUGCCAAAAUUAUUCGAGAUCAAGGAAUCACUGCUCUCUACAGUGGAUUAUCGGCUUCUAUUCUCCGUCAACUGACAUAUUCUAUGACUCGUUUCGGUAUCUAUGAAGUCGGUAAACAAAACAUCGAAACCAACACUCUGAUGGGCAAGAUAUUUCUAGCUAGUAUGUCUGGGGCAAUUGGUGGAUUGGUAGGCACUCCAGCCGAUAUGGUAAACGUAAGAAUGCAGAACGAUGUUAAACUGCCAGCUGAAUCUAGAAGAAAUUACAAGAACGCAUUCGAUGGACUCAUUCGUGUGUACAAAACUGAAGGAUUCAAGCAACUCUUCUCAGGCGCAACUACAGCUGUCAGUCGAGGAGUCUUAAUGACAGUCGGGCAAAUCGCUUUUUACGAUCAAAUCAAAUCACUGCUUCUGGAUUCAAAAUUCUUCAAAGAUGAUUUACGCACACAUUUUCUUGCUUCAUUAGGAGCUGGAGCUAUUGCAACAACUCUCACCCAACCCUUGGAUGUACUUAAGACCCGCACCAUGAAUGCCAAACCGGGUGAAUUCGCCGGCUUGUGGGACAUAGUGAAAUUUACUGCCCGUUUGGGCCCUAUGGGAUUCUUUAAGGGCUACAUUCCAGCAUUUGUCCGCCUUGGUCCACAUACUAUUAUAACAUUUGUGUUCCUUGAACAACUUAGACUCAAUUUUGGAAGUAUUCCGGAACCAAAAAAAAUUGCCUAAAUCUCAAAAUGCAUUUACAAACGAAUAGAUGAAAAUAUAUAAGAAAAAAAAACAGCGAAAGAGCCUAGUUUAAUGGCACAUUUCUGUGUCCAACAUAGUUUAUGUAUGAAACUUUAGAGAAAAAACAAUUUUAUUUAACAAAUUAACAAGUUUUCGUUUUUGAAACUUGCCGAAGUCACACAGAUUAACAUUAUUAAUUUGCAUUUUAUUCUAUGUAUUUAUUUGAAAUAAGCUUUUAUUUUUUCUACAACGAUAUUUGUUAUAAAA